UGGUUUUUUUAAUGUCAGAGAUUCCCCUCUUAUCCAUCCAAUAUAUUGCAACAAGCGACCGCAGGUAUAAAAAAAGCUAAGACAACGGUACAAGACAUCAAUUCGGGGAUAGAUCGGACGAGUAGGGAUUUCGAGAUGGAUGUGAGUCGUCAGACUAGCAAUCUUUUCGGCCAGGCAUAUAGUACCAUUACAGAAGUUCGAGACAAGCAACUUAAGUACAUCAAUGGAAAAUUAGAAGAAGCAAAACAAGCAGGAAAAGACGCGGAGGCUUGUUUGAAUGCCGUCUCAGCUAAAAUGACGUCUGCAGCUAAAACGGGGUACAGCGAGGUGGAUGUAAGCCUGAGUCAAGCGAAAAAGGCAUCGAACGAUGCGAUUCAAGAAUUCAAGAAACUGAAAACAACCGGACAACAACUGACCAAUCGAUUGGACCGUAUCAGUUUAGAAUGCUACAGCUCAGACAUUCAACAAAUGGGUAACUGCAUGAUCACAAAAUUAGCAUUGGUCAAUAUGGACAUACGGCAGUACCAGCAAACAGUUUCACAAAUGGAGAGCUCAUUAUCGGAAACCAAGAGGAACAUAAUUCAGCAACAACGGUCUUCUAACCAAUCAGCUACCUCAAAAGUUCAAUCUGUCAGUAUCAGCACCAUAUACGACGCGGCUGACUGCCUUAAACGUUAGGGAGCAUCGAAUAACUAAUUUGUUUAACC